AUGCAAGAGGACCCACCUGUCGAUCAGUCACCACCGACGGUCCCCCAAGAACAACAACGUCUACUGAUCACCUUGCACGAACACAAUUUCAAGAAUUGGAAGACUGCCCAGGACACCAAUCCCAACAACGCCCGCCAGAUCACGAUCUUUCUUGGAUUGUGGAAGAUGUCACACGACGCCUUGACAACAAUCCUAGGGAAGGAGGAAGUCCAGAAGGGGAGUUUGGGAUGGGAUCCGUAUGUCGAAGAGAGGAAGCUCUUAGCAAAAACGAGCAACGGGUUCAUCGGAUUGAACCAGAACCCUCACGGAUCACCAGACCCCAACAGACCCUACCGAUCCUUAGCUCAAAUCGAGACCCAAGAACCGACUCAGUCGAUGUCGUCGGCAGGACCAGUCCGAAACGACAAUCACCAACAUACCAAAGAACUGUACAAGAAAUCUCCCCAAGCACAAGCGGAUACCGACAACAUGCACUCGAUGCUAGCGUUCAGCAAAGCUUACUAUCGAGCAGUGAAAGGCAUCAGCAAGUCCAAAAACAAAGGACAACAGAAGAACCACAAAGACCAAGCUUAG